UCUAAACAACUGAUGUACAGACAGCGGCUGUUUCUUCCUUCCCCUUUUCCUCUCCUAACUACUCUCCUUUUUUCAUUUCUUUCCUAUAUUGCCUCCAUUCAUUCCAUCUCUCCCUUUCCUUCCCUGUUUUCUGUUAUUCUGCACUUUUCCUCAGGAGGAAAUAAAGGAAGGCCAGUUGGACGGGCUUGUGUAAUCUCUGGCUGCACAUGAGCACAUGAGAAUUGCAACAGAGGACUUUGAAUCAAAUACAAGAUAAACUUCAGAAUAAGGAGAGGAAGAAGGGAUACAUCUGAGAGGCGAAGGGAGAGAGACAAAGUUUGGAGUCGAGGAGCAUGACAAAAAUCAUGCCAGGCUUUGUGCUGCUGCUGCUGUCCCUGUUGGUCCUGUCCAUAGGAAGCGAUGGGCGACGAAUCAGGAAAAGAGGACUCACCCAUAAGGACUAUGAAUACCCCAAUCACCCCCAGUCCACACAGCACCAGAAAAAUGACAGGUGUCCCCCACCACCCCAGAUGCUCCCAGAGCGAGCCUGUGAGGUACCAGGCUGCCGCUCAGACUCAGAGUGUGAGCGCCAUAAACGCUGCUGUUACAAUGGCUGCAUUUACGCCUGUCUGGAGUCUGUUCAGCCGCCACCAGUGCUGGACUGGCUGGUGCAGCCCAAGCCUCGGUGGCUUGGAGGUAACGGCUGGCUGCUAGACGGCCCUGAAGAGGUUCUGCAAGCUGAAGCCUGCAGUACAACUGAGGAUGGAGAUGAGCCACUCCACUGUCCCACAGGUUAUGAAUGCCACAUUAUCAAUGCAGGAAACCCUGCUGCUGGCAUCCCCAAUCGGGGUCAAUGUAUCAAGCAUCGUGGAAACUCUGAUGGACAUUUCUUGAGGUACAAAUACUUUAAGGACUACUUGGGUAAGUGAGGUAUCAGUUCUAACAAUGCAGUCAGCUAUGACAAACAUCACAAGUACCUGGGAUAAAGGACAUUUUCAGCCACUUUCAACUGUCAUAUUAAAAACCAAAUACCUGUUUAUCCUUACCUCUCUUCCACAAAAGCCUUGUUUUUUUUUUUAUGUUACCAAGGUCAACCUUGACCCCAGCCUCAGCUUCAACCAUAACACAGCGUCAGACAUCAGCCCACUUCUGUUCGAUCUCAUCACACCUGAACUAGCAAAAAGUCUGACUUUUUUUGCUACACUUAAAGCUGCUACCUCCUCUUUGCAAAGCUUCAACUUGCAGCCUCUAUUCAGUCAUGGCAUGCUUUUGGAGACAGGUCUGAUGUCAGACACACCUACAGUACGAAGCCAAAGAAUGCUUUUUUUUGUCUCUGAUGUCUGUGAAAUGAAGGUGCAGAGGGUGCUGAUGGUACACAGAGGAGGACGCUUAGAUUACACAAAAGCUGCUUAUCAAAUCUUUCUUUCUUUCUUUCUAACUCAGUAAAACCCCAGUACCACUCACUCUCACACACAGACACACUCUCUAACCUUAAGGCUGACUAGCAGAAAAAACCAAGACCAAGUGACCCUGUUACUCAUCCUCUGAAAGAUGUUGCUUUUCUCAAAUCUGGAAGGUUUUAUAGAC